CAGUUACAAUGUAUCGAGGCUGUUUACUGUACACACUCUAUGUCUUAUUAAUCACGCGCACUGGCGCUGUGCUGAGAGACCGAACGAUGAAGGACCAUGAUGUCCACAUGUCUACAGGAUCUCACCAGCGAAACGCCUUCUAUGCUUUGCAAAGCUGCCACCAGAUCCUUUAUGGCGACAGUGGUGAAUUCUUCUCGCCCGACUACCUGUGCUCCAAUCCCGCACUCUGGUGCAACUGGACCAUCCAGGUGCAACCUGGGAAACAUGUACAGCUCUACCUAGAGGACCUGACCCCAGAGCAUGUGUGCCACCUGAAGACGGAUCAGAUCCACCUGGAUGAGGCUCCGGUCUCUGGUGGCGGGAGACGCAUCUUGGAGCACUGCUGGAGAAGGAGCAUGUAUACGUCCGCCUCGAGCACAGUGCACGUGGUACAGCUUAUCCGCCAAAACCCGAACCCACCACACCGCGGGUUUUAUGGGGCGUACCAGGCCUUUGGAAUUCCAAAAACUCCAGAUCAAUUUGAGAUGAUGUCAGAGAAAGAUCAAGUCCCGUUGAAGGAAACCGAAGACAAAGAUGCAGUGAAUCAGAUCCCCAUACAUGAAAACAUUUCAAAUGAUCUAGAUGAGAAUGCUGAAGAUGUUCAUACUGAGCAUGUGGAAGCCAACCACAGCAUUAUCCCUCAGGUAAAUAAGAGUUUCACAGUCAAUGCAGGAUCUUUCGGAGAGAGCCGGAAGAUCAGAGGCCAAGAAGCGAAUAACCAAGAUGUACCCUUUAAUGGUGAGUUGGCUGAGGAGGAGGAGGAGGAGGAUGAUGAGGAGCUGGUUAACUGGAUAACUAUGGAGCAAUACACUCCUGUGUGGUUUGACGGACCACAUGGCCCACAUAACCCAGCUCCCACCCACACCACGCACACCAUCUCCACGUCUGCUGAUACCACACUGACGCGGUCCACCAAAAAGAGAGUGCGUAAAAGAAAGCCGGGUCUCGGACAGUCGUUUCCCACGAAAGCUACCAUGAAGAAAAAUGAGGUUGCGCGCUUGAACCAAGUGGCUUCUUCGAGUUCUGAAGAUCCAGCAGAGGACACGAUGGCAGAGCAGACAGUUUCCAUAGACAUAUUAAAGUCUGAUGAUGAUACAACUUUGCAAGAGCAUGUUGGUCUUGACGAGAACAGAGAAAUCAAAGAGAAAUCUCCUCCGGUCCAAACCUUCAGACUUGCAACAGAAACUCCGCAUUUAACAGUGGACUGCAGCAGGACUUCAGCCCCCACUCUCCUUUAUGCUGUGUGUUUCCUGCUCUGCUUCCUUAUCGCACUGCUGUUGGUAGUAUUGGCGGUGAUGUACCGUCGUUACCACCAUGGGACAUUCUUGCCCCGCUGCCGGCCCAGCAGUAGCAGCAACAUCACGGGCAACGACAUCAACAAUAAUCCUACCUCAGGACGUGGAGAUGAUUGCAGGGCCUCCAGAUCCCACCCUCCUCCUCCUCCACCACCACCACCACCACUUCGUAUGGCUGGUGGAGCCCGUGACCUUCCUCUGCUCCGGUUCAGCUCUCUGACUCCCCCUGGAGGAUUUGAGGGCAAACUGCAGAAGGAGAAUGACGCGCGUUGAACUGCGCGGAAAUUAUUUAGCAGCUGCAAUUUAAGUUUUUUAUUAUUAUUAUUAUUAUUAUUAUUAAUUUAUUUUAAUUAUAUUCUUUUUUUUUUUUUUUUUUUUUUUUUAGUUCUGCUGCGAAAUGUUAUUCAGUAUUUGGUAAAUUAUUUGUUUGCAUAUAUUUGCCUUUUUUACUUUUUGCAAUUUAUGUAUUUGGGUUGUUUACAAAAAUGACUAGAGCUGCCGUUGUUGUCCUGUGUUUCUUUUUAAAGUACGUUGGGUGUUCAAAUCAAACCGGGACGGGGCAGAUUAUUAAAUCUGAGAGUAAAAACUCCCUUUAUUUCUCUAUAUAAUUUCCAGAUACACUAAUGCACUUAUCCCAAUGUUUCACUAGUGCUUGGAUUCCAUCAUGGUAGAAAGUUUUCUCAGUACGCCAAAGCCGUGAUCAGACUGCCUGAUUGAUACCAGUUACGCACUUGCGCAAGACAGGUCUAAGGUAAUAAAAGUCUUAAAACCGAUUAGGCGCGAUAAGCGGGCCCAAGCACCUGCACAAUCGCAUCUUGGAUUAAAAUAUGGGGUAUUUUAUGUUAAGAAUUUCAAUAAGCUGAAGCAUCACACAAAAGCAUCACUGUUACUCAAUGUGAGGUCAUUCAAUAUAACGUCACACAAAAUUAUUAACCACUUUUUGGCAUAAGUUUAAGGCAUUGUCAUAGCUGACCCAUUUGAGAAAUCAAAAAUCCAUCUACAAUUUUGCGUCCUUGAUCUAUUGAGAUCACAUCGGCCCGGUUUGGUGACGAUCGUAAAAUCCACUAUGAGGGGUAUAUCAAAUUCCAUCAGGUGUGUUUUGCAAAUGACCUAAAAUAUCUGAGUUCCUGUUGAGCCCAUACUGUACAUGCAGAGCGAAAGUUGUUCAGCUCAAUGAGCUCUAAAUGUAUACCCGGUUUCAUAUGUAUACGUGCAAGUGUGUGCGAGCUAUGCAGUAAAACCUUUAAAUACGCCGAGGGCCAGGCCACUCAGACAUCCUAAUGGCAGCAGAUUCCAACUUGUCAACCUUAUAGUGCAUGUUACAUGUUAAGACCCCCAAAGAGCCCUGAGUGGUGGAAAAAAAAACUUCAAGGAGAUAGAGGGCCAUCGUGCACUAUGAUGUUUUGGGGUGUUGCAUGGGCCCUAAUUAUUUAGACAUACUGUAAGCUAUUAUGGAAUUAAAUGUUUUUUUUUUAAUGAGUUAGGAUGGCUUAGUGGUUAGCACUGUCGCCUUCAGCGUCUGGGUUUGAUUCCCACCUUGGGGGGUGGGUGUGCAUGGAGUGUGCAUGUUCUAUACGUGCUUGAUGAGUUUCCUUCCACAGUCCAAAGACUUGUGGAUUAGGCUAUUGGUGCCCCCAAAUUUGCCCAAUAGUGUGUGAAUGGGUGCGUGAUAGGUGUCACCUUGUCCGGGGUGUAUCCUGCCCCGGGCUCCUGCCCCCAGCAAGGUGAAAAAGUAUUGGCCCCUUCAU